AUGAACGCUAUAGUCACCCUUUUGUACGAGCCCUCCUACUUGCCUGGGGCCCUUGCCUUGGGUAUCAGUCUCCGGAACAUCUUCCAACAACGGCCAGAAACCAUCACCACGGUGUCGCUCGGGGUGUUGAUCGACACCUCGUUGUUCACAGCUGCACAGUUGCUCUUGCUCCUCGAGUACUACGACGAAUUGAUCGAGGUCAAGCCGUUGGAGUCGCAAUUGGUCCACAAGUUGACCCACGACUUGCACCGUCCCGAAUUGCACAAGACCUUCACCAAAAUCAUGCUCUGGAGCUUGAACUUCAACAAGGUGUUGUACUUGGAUGCCGACACUUUGCCUGUGGUGCCUUCCAGCCCCAACCAGGGCACCAUUCUAGACUUGUUCCAGCUCGAGUUUCCCCACAACAAGAUCCUAGCUGCUCCCGACAGCGGAUUCCCCGACAUUUUCAACUCAGGGAUGAUGUUGUUGCGGCCCAACCAAUACGAUUUCCAAGCGUUGACGGAAAUUGUCCGUGAGUCUGCCACCAAUCCCCACGUUUCGUUUGACGGAGCGGAUCAAGGCCUCCUCAACCAGUACUUCAAUGCCAACCCCGACUGGGUUCGCCACGUAGGAAUUACUGGCGGCAACGUGGAUACGGCAGCCAGAUUCUCCAACUGGGUCAAGUUACCGUUCUUGUACAACGUCACCCCAUCUGCCCAGUACCAAUACUUACCGGCAUUCAAGCAUUUUGGAGGGUUAGAAUCAGGUCCCGGAGACUCCUCGGGAUUGAAAGCUCCGUUAGAUACUCUGGUCGCCUCGGCAAACGAGGCUGUUUCACACUAUGGUGCUGCUGCAGUGUCGUUCAUUGGCCAGUCACAAAUCAAAUUGGUCCAUUUUAUUGGCCCUGUCAAGCCAUGGAAGCGGGCAUCCACUCCCGAUGACGAGUGGUGGAAGGUUUGGUCGUCUCGGUUUGGCCACAAGUCGGUGGAUGAAGUGAUAUGGGCUCAGGAUGCCAUUUCCACCGAUGAAACACCCCAAAAAUUAUCCCAGGAAGAACAGCCACAACACCACCAUUCGGCAUCCUUUGGCCCCUCGGCUUUGUUAGACCCCCAGAACUACCGCGAGUUCGAGUCUGUUGGGGUUUCCGAAGAGUCGUCGUGGAAUCCAGCCAAGGAAGAGCCUCCCUCUGGCACAUCUCACCAAGUGAACCAGGAAUUAAUUGAUGGAGUCAAGUCAUUUUCCAACUCAUGGGAUGAGGAGACCACGCAAGAUCAGGAGAGUGCAGUCACCGAGGCGGUGGACUCGGUUCCUCAAGAGCACUACUCCGUCGACCCACCCCCUCAAGACACCCACGGCCACAGCUUGUACGAGUAUGUUCGCCCUGAGCGUGUUUUCGAAGGCUCCGACUACUUCCCCAAGCACAAGUUGCACGAGCUCGUCAAGGAGGGACUGGAAGACCAGCAUGGAGGCUCCGAUAUCCUGAAGGCUGUGGGAAAGGCCCCCGAGACUCCUACGCUUUCAGUGUUGAACGACGUCAGCGACAAGUUGGAGGGCUUGUUCGUGGACGACAAGCCCCAGCCAGAGGUCCAGGAUGAGGAUGAGGAUGACACGGCUGACACCUCCAGGCCUGCCAAACUCUUCCCCUGGGAGUUCCGUGCCGGAGGAAGAACCGAACGAGUUUUUGAUUGA